AUGGAACCAGCCUCCACACCCAUCAAAUCACUUGAUGAAAAUAGUAUAACAUCCCUACAUGCAGCUGUACAGAACCUAGUGAAAAGUAACGCAGAGAUAUUACGACGGCUAACAGAAAUAGAAAAGCACACAUUUGAGGUAAGCCAACUACACAAGCGCAUCGAAGACCUGAAACGGGAUUGCGAGCAUGACAGGCGCCGUAUUGCAGAACUGGAAGAUCGUAUCGAUUUGUAUGAGGGGCAUAGCCGUGACAGUUCCAUAGAAAUACAAGGGGUGCCUAUCACUGAAAAUGAAGACUUGUACGAACAUGUGCAAAAACUGGGUCAGAAAGUUGACGUUACCAUAAGUCGUAAUGAUAUAUCCCAUUGUUACCGUAUAAAGACUAUAAAUACUACUAACGCUAACACUAAAACUCUAAACCGCAUUAUCGUUCGUUUUGUGCAUAAGUACAAGCGAGACCUUUUUCUAAAGCAAUCAAGAAAAAAGAAAGAUGAUGAUAAGAAGUCGUUGCUGUCUACGGCCGUCCUCAACCUACUAGCGCUAACAGAAAUUAGCUAUUGUUUUGAAUCUAAUGAUCGUUCUGCGUACGCAUGUACUGUUGUACCCCGCCCGCGCUCCCUGCCUGCUACUCCCACUUUCCCGCUCACUCGGCCGCCCGCGCCCGCGCCCGUACGUUGUACGUCUCACUCAGACUAUCAGUCACGCACGCACGCACUCCGCGCCGUGCGCCCGGUGCGUGAUGACGUGUUGUCGCUUCCCGUUCCAUCGGACCCGGAGAUAUCGAUGUUAAACCCGUAG